UUACAGUUGGAUUACGUGGUGACGUGUGCGGUCUGCACGCGCUCAGACGCUGGAGACAUCCACAUCCACAAGAAGAAAUGCCAGGAGGUGUUUGCGUCUCCCAGCAAACACGCCAUGGACAGCAAAGGAGAGGAGUCCAAGAUGAGCUACCCCAACAUCUUCUUCAUGAUCGACAACUUCGAGGAGGUGUUCAGCGACAUGACGGUGGGCGAGGGGGAGAUGGUGUGUGUGGAGCUGGUUGCGAGCGAUAAGAGCAACACCUUCCAGGGAGUCAUCUUCCAGGGCUCCAUCCGAUACGAGGCGCUGAAGAAGGUCUACGACAACCGGGUGAGCUAACGUGCUAACAGGCUUACGUGCUAACAGGCUUACGUGCUAACAGGCUUACGGGCUAACAGGCUUACCUGCUAACGGGCUAACAGGCUAAGGAGCUAACGGGCUAACAGGCUAAAGAGCUAACAGGCUUA